AUGAUGUCAAACCAGGGCCAAGCCGAUGUCCCACCUCCAUACAAUCCUUCUGAAGAAUUCGAAUAUGCCUUCGAUGAAAAAUCCAUGGAACAAUUGCUUCUUCCCAAUCAUGCCGAUGAACCGGGCUUUGCAAUUUCUUCCACGUUAACUCGAGGCUUGCAAGUCCCGUCACGAAGCGCCACCUGCUCGUCCGGCUUUGAUUACCCGGAGGAAUUGUCACAAAACAGAAUCUCAGAAGCACAAUGGAGUCAAUUUGCCCAAGUUAUUCGCGACGAAGCAAAGCUCUCCAGACAACAAUGGAGCACUGUGAUAGGCAAAGGUCUGGGUACGCUCGCCAUGGGCGGACUCAUGGUCGGCUUCUUUGGUGCCAUUCCGGCAGUCCUAGUUGCACGCCAUAUCCGACGAAGGAAGGAGAAGCGCAAUCUUAUCUCUGCAAUGGCUGGUGAACAGGGCCAACGUCUGGCCCAUCACAUCUCAUUCUGGAAUGAAAAUUUCUUCCAACCCCGAGGUCUCUUGAUUCGUGUCGACUUACCGAAUGAGCUUUUGGCGGAUAUGAAGAAUAUGGAUCUGCACCUGGAGGGUUCCGCAACCCAGCCUGACUCAAAGGCCCGAGAGAAAGCUGCACCCAGGGCACGCAUUGUCAUUAUUCCAUUUGAAGCGUCUCCGUCGUCAUCAAGGCGGGAUUCAGAAGCAACGUUGAGGGCUGAAUAA